CAAACCCCACGAUUUCGAAUUCUAACGCUUGAACUACAAAGUGAGUUCCUCUUCUACUUACUUCACUUCAUUCACUGUCUUCUUCUCCCCCAUCAUUUUUUUCACCCACAUUUCUCUCUCCUCUCCACACAAAAACUAAAAAAGAACACAUCUUUUUCCCUUCAUUGACCAUAAAAACCCACAACAAAUCAACCCUUUUCAAACUUUCAAGUUUCAAUCCAUACCCAGAACAAAAUAAUGUACUUCUCACUCACUCAUAACUUCUUCCUCUUCUUAAUUUUCAUCUCCAUCAUAUACCCACCAACUGUUUGUGAAAAUGCCGAGCUCAAAACUCUCAUUGAACUAAAAACUUCUCUUGACCCCCAUAAAACCUUCCUUUCUUCUUGGACUGAUAAUGGUGAUCCUUGUAGUGGCACAUUUGAGGGUGUUGCUUGCAAUGAGCUUGGCAAAGUUGCUAACAUUUCAUUGCAAGGUAAAGGACUUGAUGGGGUUUUACCCGCCGCCAUUGCCGGCCUCAAGAGCUUAUCUGGUUUAUAUCUUCAUUUUAAUAGGUUAACUGGUCAUAUUCCUAAAGAAAUUGGUGGAUUAACUCAGCUUACUGAUCUCUAUUUGGAUGUCAAUUAUUUCACUGGCACUAUUCCUGAUGUUAUUGGGAACAUGUCUAAUUUGCAAGUUCUGCAGUUGUGUUAUAAUAAGUUAAGUGGGAAUGUGCCUACUCAGAUAGGUUCUCUAAAGAAGCUUAAUGUGCUAGCUCUGCAGUAUAAUCAGUUAACUGGUGCAAUUCCUGCUAGUUUGGGAGAGUUGGAUAUGUUAACUAGGUUGGAUUUAAGCUUUAACAAGUUUUUCGGUCCGAUUCCUGUCAAGUUAGCUGAAGCACCCUUGUUGAGGAUUCUUGAUGUUCGAAAUAAUACUCUUUCUGGGAAUGUGCCUGCUGCUUUGCAUAGACUAAGUGAUCAAUUUCAGUAUGCGAACAAUCAGGACUUGUGUGGAGUUGGGUUUGCUUCUUUGAGAGUUUGUACUGAUUCUAACCACCAAAGUAAGAACAAACCUGAAGCUUUUACACCGGGUUCUCCCGGGUAUGGGUCGAAAGAUAUACCCGAAUCAGCAGCCCUACCCUCAAAUUGCAGCAAAUCACAGUGCUCAAACUCUUCGAAGUCCUCACAUGCUGGUAUCAUUUCUGGGGUAGUUGUAAUUGCUCUUGUCACUGUCAUUGGUCUAUCCACAUUUUCAUGGUAUCGCCGCAGGAAACAAAAGAUUGCAAGCAACUUGGAUACUACAGACGGUCGGCUCAGUACGGACCAGGGUAAGGAUGGUUACAGGAGGAGUGCUGCACCUCUCAUUAGCCUUGAGUAUUCAAAUGGGUGGGAUCCUCUUGCAAAAGGAUCACAUGAAUUAUUUGAGAAUUAUAUGUUCAACUUGGAGGAUGUUGAGUCUGCUACACAGCACCUCUCAGAAGUGAAUUUCUUAGGGCGGAGCAAUUACUCAGCUGUUUACAAAGGGGUAUUAAGAGACGGAUCUACAGUUGCUAUCAAGCGCAUUGCCAAGACAGGCUGCAAGACCGACGAAGCAGAGUUCUUGAAAGGAUUGAAGAUCUUGACUUCCUUGCAGCAUGGAAAUCUUGUCAGAUUGAGAGGAUUUUGCUGCUCAAAGGGGAGGGGAGAAUGUUUUCUUAUUUAUGAUUUUGUUCCCAAUGGGAACUUGCUUCAGUAUCUGGAUGUGAAGGAUGGUAAUGACAAAGUUCUCAACUGGUCCACUAGAGUAGCCAUUAUCAAGGGCAUUGCUAAAGGUAUUGAUUAUUUACACACUCCACAGGGCAGUAAACCCGCUCUAGUUCACCAAAAUAUAUCAGCUGAAAAAGUGCUAAUUGACUGGCGGCUUAAUCCACUACUUGUGGGAUCUUGCCUCUACAAGCUCCUCGCUGAUGACAUUGUCUUUUCUAUGCUUAAAGCCAGUGCUGCCAUGGGUUAUCUUGCCCCGGAAUACACAACUACUGGAAAGUUUACUGACAAGAGUGAUGUAUAUGCAUUUGGCACACUUAUACUCCAAAUUCUCUCUGGUAAAACUAAAAUUGACCUAUCAAUUCAUCAAGGUGCUGAGUCAGGAAGAUUUGAAGAGUUUAUUGACGCAAAUCUUCAUGGAAAUUAUUCAGAAUCUGAGGCUUGUGAACUUGGUAAAAUAGCUUCACUUUGCACCCACGAACUUCCUCAUCAAAGGCCAUCGAUAAACACCGUGAGACAAGAAUUAAGUCUGCUUGAUGACAGUUCUUGAACUCGAAAAUGGUGUUCUUGCCCCGACUUUUCAAACUAGUGACAACGGGCAAAUGCUAACUGCCGGCUAAUCUUAUUUUGCGGUGUGUAUGUCACCAAUGUAACCAUUUAUGUAAUUGUUGUAGCUUAAGGUUGACAGUAGGCUAGUCUGUUAGUCUGUAGCCAUCUUAGAAAUUUUGUGCAAAAGGCAAAUGCACCAUUGAUGUUGUAAUAUAAUUAGAAUUAGUCAGGUAGUUGUUCUUGUUAGUCAGGUGUUGUACUGUUGUAUUAAUAAUCUCUGUUUCAGCAAAUUACUAGACAAAUGCAGUAUUGUUGAAAGAAUCUUUUCCAGCUAUAGCAGUUGAUUGCUCUCAUUUCUCAA